AUAUGAAGUUGUUGGUGUGGUAACUGAGAUUGGUAGCAAGGUGGAGAAAUUUAAGGUUGGUGACAAAGUAGGUGUGGGAUGUUUGGUAGGAUCAUGUCGCAAAUGUGAAAACUGUGACAACAAUCUCGAGAUUUACUGUCCCGAUCAUAUAAUGACAUACAAUGGUAUUUACACCGAUGGAACCACCACGUAUGGAGGUUACUCUGAUAUCAUGGUAACGGACGAGCACUACGUGGUUCAUUGGCCGGAGAACUUGCCAAUGGAAGCUGCUCCAUUGCUAAAUGCUGGAAUCACAACUUAUAGUCCUUUGAAAUAUUUUGGACUUGACAAACCUGGAAUGCAUAUUGGUGUUGUUGGUCUUGGUGGCCUUGGCCAUAUAGCUGUGAAAUUUGCCAAGGCAUUUGGAACUAGAGUGACUGUUAUUAGUACAUCUGCUAGUAAGAAACAAGAAGCAAUUGAGCGUUUGGGUGCGGACUCAUUUUUGGUUAGUCGCGACCCUGACCAAAUGCAGGCUGCAGCGGGCUCGCUUGAUGGCAUCAUUGACACUGUCUCUGCAGUUCACCCACUUCUUCCAUUGAUUAAUUUGUUAAAAACUCAUGGGAAGCUUGUAAUAGUUGGCGCACCAGAUAAACCACUAGAGUUGCCUGUAUUUCCCUUGCUUUUAGGAAGGAAGCUAGUAGCAGGGAGUGCCAUAGGAGGGAUAAAGGAGACACAAGAGAUGGUAGAUUUCGCGGCAAAGCAUAACAUUACACCAGAUGUUGAAGUCGUGCCAAUGGACUAUGUGAAUACAGCUAUGGAGCGUCUCGCGAAAUCGGAUGUCAAGUACCGUUUUGUGCUUGACAUUGGGAAUACAUUGAACAAGAGUUAAGACACUGGACUUCUUGUUGUCUCAUAUCUCUGUAUUUUGGGGCAAGAAAACUAGAAUUUGGCCGACCAUGUGUGUUUGUUAGUCUAUUAAGAACCGGAUUGCAUAAUGUAUUUUGCCAUAUAUAGGCUUA